CUAAAUAUCAAAACAUGAAGAUCUCCUUAACCUCUCUCCCCUACACCCAAGUGCUUCAUGUAUAAAUAUCGAAAUAUGAAAGCGUGAAGUUUAAAUAUUGUCUAGGUCGUUGAUCAGAAUUCAAAAGUAACCUAUUAAAAUGCGAGGGAAGUAGUAGUAGAUCGAUAUAUAUAGAAUCUCAUUGAUGGCAACCGAUCUCGAUUUCUCUGUUCAUCAAAGGAAGCAAUUAUGCAUGGGCCACAACUUACUACCAAGCACCAACCUCUUAAUCAAUAACCUUAGCAUGAUGUACUGACAUCUACAAUGAAGCUUUCAAUGCAUGUAAAACUGUAAAAAUGGUACAUUGUUACAAUUUUCAAAUACUCAUUUGGAAAAUAGCUAAUUUAUAAAAUUAUCUAUAACUUAGGCCUUGUUUGUUUGACAACGUAAAAUGGAAGAAGUGGAAAUUCGUGAGAUUUGAUAAAUUGAGAAAUUGUUUGUUUGACACAAAAAAAAAGCAAAAAUGAGGGAAGUGGAAAUUCAUAGGAAUUUCAACUUCCCACAAAACAAGGGAACUAAAUUACCUAACCCCCCUAGGUCAAUUAAAAUUCAUGGGAUUUAUAAAUUCCCACGUUGCCAACCAAACAAAUUUAGGAAAUUCUUAGGAAUUUCAUUAGAUAAAUAACUUCCCAUAAAAUACAAUUUUCUAUGAGAACUUUCCAUAAAAUACAAUUUUCUAUGACAAUUUAAUUUUCAUGUCAACCAAACAAGGCCUUAGCUAAUUAGUACUCACAUUUUAUAAGCGUUAUUUUGUUAUUUUUAAUCUACACAAAUGUCAGAGAACAGCAUAUAGUGAAGAGAAUAAACAAGUCUUACCAACCACUAAUGUCGUCCACUAUCAGUUAACCCAGUCAUAUUAAACUAAUGAUAUAAACAGUUUAACCUUACUUUUUCUCCUAUUAAAAGCAGCUAAUUAGAUCAAGGGGUCCACUUCUUUAAUAAAGUGACUCCACCUUCACUAUGCACAGUCUUUCACGUAAACAUCUUAUUAGUAAAAUCUCGUUUGAUCCGGACUCACAGUAACUUACUUGAAAUGAUUUUUUAUUUUAACUUUCCGGACUUACAAUAACUUACUUUAAAUGAUCCUUUAUUAUAAUUUUUCGGACUUACAAUAACUUAUUUGAAAUGAUCUUUUAUUUUAACUUUAAUGGCCGUAAAAAUUAAAUUUACAAUGAUUUAUAUACAAGGGUUUGUAUUUUUUUCAUACUAAAAGUACAAGAUAACACGAGUAUAAGUAAUAAGUUAUUGUAAGUUCGACUCGACUACCGGAUGCGUAGAUACUCCGUAAAUAGGUACCCUAUACAACAAAUAUUAUGCCGACAGUUGGACAAAAGAAGAAGACAAAAGCAAAGCUAAACGCUUCAAAAACCCAACUGAACAAACAUUUCCCUGGUUACUACUGUUAAUAGCAGUCAUAUUAUCAGGGGAAAAGGAAGAAGAAAUGGAGAAAAAAGAGCCCAUUUUCAGGAAACUGCUAGUUUUUUCUGCUCUUCCAAUCUUCAUUCUUCUGCUCUUCUUCAUCCAUCAUCAACAGCCAUUAUAUUCAGGGUUACAAACUAUUGGAAAUAGGAAAAUUGGGGUUUUUGUUGAAAAAGUAGAUUUAAACAAGCUACAUUUGCAACUCAGAAAACUUGUUAGAGGGAAAGAUGUAGCCGAAUUUGAAGCCACAGGAUUUGCUUAUGAUGUUGAUAACUUUACUGAAGUAUGUGUGAUAAACAAGCCAAUUAUAUACGACGAACAAUCUAUGACUGUUUAUGUACCCUCUGAAGAUGAAAAUGAGCUUACCAAAAUGAUGGUUAGGCCUUAUCCUAGAAGGGAAGACCCGUAUGCCAUGGAACAGGUCACGCCAGUGCAGAUCAUCCGUGGAAAUUACAGCAGUAUCAACCCUCCAGCUUGUCAGAUUACACAUAAUGUACCGGGUUUAUUCUAUUCAUUUGCGGGAUUUGCAGAGAAUCCGUUUCAUGCUUUCAACGAGAUCAUAAUCCCAUUAUUCCUCACCAGCCGCCAUUUUGAAUCUAAGGUGCAGUUUGUCCUAACAGAUUUCAGAGGGCGGUGGUAUUGGAAAUAUACUCAGGUUUUAAAGGAGCUGACCUUGUUUGAGAAUAUUGGUAUGGAUGCAACUAAAAGAGUUCACUGUUUUCCUGCUGGUGUUGUUGGGCUCAGGUAUCAUGAGAAUCUUGCAGUGAACAGCGACGAUGCUCCUUUAGGAUAUACAAUGCAAGAUGUCAGACAAUUCCUGUGGAAUACCUACAAUGUGAAGGUAAAAACCAAAUUAAAUCUCAAAAGGCCAAAAGUUCUGCUUGUUUCUCGACGAGGAUCAAGAAUAUUUCUGAAUGAAGAUGAGAUGGUGAAUAUGAUGGAACAAGAAUUAGGGUUUCAAGUUUAUAGAGCCAUGCCCAAUGAAACAAAAAAGUUAGACAAAUUUGCCCAAAUUGUGAACUCAUGUGAAAUCAUGGUUGGGGCUCAUGGAGCCGGCCUCACGAAUGCCUUGUUUCUGCCCACGGGUGCAACAAUGAUCCAGAUCGUUCCCUUGGGACUAAACUGGGCUUCCGAUCACUACUUUGGUGAGCCUGCCCCUGGCAUUGGACUGAAGUACAUUAGAUACAAGGUUUGGCGCAAUGAGACUUCACUCUAUGAAAAAUAUGGUCCAGAUCAUCCAAUUGUAUCGGAUGCAGCUUCUAUUUGGGCUAAAGGGUAUAUGGCCGUAAAGGAAGCCUAUGUCGACGAACAAAAUUUUAGAAUCAAUCUAGAUAGGUUCAAGGAGACACUUCUUGAAGCUUUGAGGCUUAUGGGAGUGUCGGACUCCUGAUUAUAGAGUGUGUGCUGCUUUAUCUGUAAAUGAAGCACUAUUGGUUAUAGCUUAAACGAAUACUUUGGAUGGGAACUCGUGUUCUGAGGAGAUUUUGGAGGAUUGCAGCUUACAGGAUUUGUGUAAAUAGCGCGAUUUUGAUGCCUGUAUUUCCCUGCCAUCAGCUGUAAACUUGAAAAUAAGUUUGACAAAAGUUAUGAAUGAUUGAAUUUCAAGGGGAUGAGCAUGGAACUCUAUGUUAAUGUACUUGUCAUGUUAAUAUAUGUGUAAACUCUCUUAUUUCUCAUGAA